AUGGCCGCCUUCCUCAACGCCACCGCCCCGCCCACCGUCAGCGUCUUCUUCUGCCACUUCAACGAGGACUUCAAGUACCUCCUGCUGCCCGUCAGCUUCGCCCUGGUGUUCGUGGCGGGCCUGGCGCUGAACGCCACGGCGCUGUUCGUGAUCGUGUUCCGCACCAAGAGCUGGACGCCCUCCACCGUGUACAUGUUCCACCUGUCGGUGUGCGACACGCUGUACGUGCUCACGCUGCCCUUCCUCGUCGUCUACUACGCCGACCAGAACCACUGGCAAAGAGGAGAGCCGCUCUGCAAGAUCAUCCGCUUCCUGUUCUACACCAACCUAUACGGUUCCAUUCUGUUCCUGUGCUGCAUCAGUCUGCAUCGCUUCAUGGGCAUCUGCCACCCGGUCCGCUCCCUCUACUGGGUCAGCGCCCGGCGGGCCAAGCUGGUGUCGGUGGCGCUGUGGGCCUGUGUUCUCCUCAUCCAGGCUCCCAUCCUCUACUUCUCAAGAACCAGGGUUCGGGGUAGCAUUCGGAUCUGCUACGACACGACGAGCCCGGAGCUCUUCGACGACUUCCUGGUGUACAGCUCGGUGGUGUCGGUGCUCAUGUUCGCCCUGCCCUUCAUGGUGGUGAUGGUGAGCUACGGCCUCAUGGUGCAGAAGCUCCUGGAGCCCGGCUGGGGGUCCGAAGAGGGCGGGUCGGCCCAGAAAACCAAGCAGAAGUCGGUGAAGAUGAUCAUCGUCGUGCUGGCCACGUUCAUGCUCUGCUUCCUGCCCUUCCACCUCACCAGGAGCCUCUACUACUCGUUCAGAUACCUGAGGCAGAUGGAUCCAUCGCAGGUCAGCUGCAGGUUGCUGGAGGCGUCCAGCGUGGCGUACAAGGUCACGUGACUUUUCGCCAGCGCCAACAGCUGCGUGGACCCCAUCCUUUACUUCCUGGCUGGGCAGGAAGCCCGCAGCGUCCUCGUCAAAAAGAAGACAAAGUCGUCUUCAUCGGAGCCGACGAGGGUAACCCAACGCUUGACCACGAAACUCUGAGCCCAUACCAAAUGUUUUUUACAUUAAUGCAGAAUUGUAUUAUUACUGGUCUCUUGUGGUAGAUACAGAUGCAUACAGAUUUUUUUCAAUUCAUGUUUUAUAUUGUUGUGUUUGAACAGCUAUAAUGUACAGAAACGACAGCGUGCUCCACACAUGUGGCUUUUCUCAAGGAUUAUAUGGGCAACACUUCACCUGAUAUCUGUGUAGGAACAAAUGUGCAUCUAUCAGCCUUGCUUUGAAUAGUGUGUGUGUGUUACUCUGUGCUAUAAAAUAUGAAGGAACCAAAAAAAGAA